CUCUUUAGAGGUGGGUUCGCAGUGCGUGGGAAAGUUGUAGUAAAUGUGCCACGUCUGCUGGGAACAGGGAAUCAUGAACGUGCCAGAGGCCGUCAUCCUUAAGUCUUCAACUACAUUCUUAGCUCUAUGAGGUCGGGGGCCCGUUCUCUGUUUUUGUAGGAACUUCUUUCCUACUCCAGCAACAUGAGGCUUUUCUUGUGGAACGCGGUGCUGACGCUGUUGGUCACUUCUUUGAGUGGGGCUCUGAUCCCUGAACCAGAAGUGAAAAUUGAGGUGCUCCAGAAGCCUUUCAUCUGCCAUCGCAAGACCAAAGGGGGGGAUUUGAUGUUGGUCCACUAUGAAGGUUACUUAGAAAAGGAUGGCUCCUUGUUUCACUCUACUCACAAACAUAACAAUGGUCAGCCGAUUUGGUUUACCUUGGGCAUCCUGGAGGCUCUCAAAGGUUGGGACCAAGGCUUGAAGGGAAUGUGUGUAGGAGAGAAGAGAAAGCUCAUCAUUCCUCCUGCCCUGGGUUAUGGAAAAGAAGGAAAAGGUAAAAUUCCCCCAGAGAGUACGCUGAUAUUUAACAUUGAUCUUUUGGAAAUUCGAAAUGGACCAAGAUCCCAUGAGUCAUUCCAAGAAAUGGAUCUUAAUGAUGACUGGAAACUCUCUAAAGCUGAGGUUAAAGUGUAUUUAAAGAAGGAGUUUGAAAAGCACGGAGCAGUGGUGAAUGAAAGUCAUCAUGAUGUUUUGGUGGAGGAUAUUUUCGAUAAAGAAGAUGAAGACAAAGAUGGAUUUAUAUCUGCCAGAGAAUUUACAUAUAAACAUGAUGAGUUAUAGAGAAACACAUGCCCACUUUCUAUGGCAUGCAUCCUGAAAGACAGGGCAACCAUUUUUAAAGAAAGUCUUAUUUUUAAAUAAUGUGCUGUUCUUUUUCUGUUUUUUAUUUCUAUAUAUUUUUCUGAAUAUUAUUCGAAGAAACCCUUAGGAUUCCUAAUUUCCCAUUUCUUUCCGGUGAGUUAUUGGGAAGAAAAAAUUAAUUUUUCUUUGAAUAGAAGACUUCUGGACCAUUUUCCACUUUCACAUAUGAAGCCUUCUGUUUAACUUGCUUACUUGUAAUUUUAAAAAUAUUGCAGCUGGGAACAAGCCCAAAAUGAGACCAGGUUAUAGCACAAAUUAGCCCCCUCUAUUUCUACUUCUCUCUAUUUUCUCCAAGUUAGAUACUGACAUUUGAAGAUUGCCCAAGGCUUACGGUUUUCAUGUUAUAAUGAAACAGUGUGUCUGUAACUGCCUUUGAGUCUGCUUAAGGGAAGAGGAAAAUAGUUGUUGAACUGGCCUUGUUAACAGUUAUUGCUCGACUGAGGAGAUGUGCAAUGCUGCAGUGAAUAACAAAGUUAAUGACUUAUAAAUAUGUAUACAUUGAAACAUUCUGCCCAGGACUUAAGCUGUAUAAGGUUCGGUUCCUAGUGACUAAUAAAUAACCUAUAAUGAUUAAUAGGACAAAUUAUUUAUGUAUGUGGUUCUUUGUAAUAAUGUGUCAAAAUUUUGUAGCUGAGGUACAGAGUUGUGUUUAGUCAGUGUUUACUUUUUAAGUCUAGCCAAUGACCCUUCCUGGUAUAUUAAUGAAUAAAAUCUAUAACUAGUGUAUUCCACUACAGUAACAUUGUAUCAUGAGUGAAAUUUAUAAGCCAAUCAAAAAUUUCCCAUUUCUGCUUAUCAAAAAUAUGACACAGGCCUACAGCAGCUACUAUUGCAUAGACAUCUGUCCUGGGUCAAAAAAUGGGAUUUUAUAAUUUUCCCUGAAAUUGGCUUUUAUCCUUAUUACUUUGAGAAAGCCCCCAAAUCUCCAUUUCACUAAGAAUAGUUCUUUAUUGUUUAGGAAGUGAUCUCAAGUGCAUCGUCUUUGAUUUUCAUUGUUCUGAAGCCUAUGAACAAAGCUGGUGGAUCUUGGCGAACCUAUUUUAUAGAUGAGGAAAUUAUUCUUCAAAGAGAUUGUUUUGCCCGAGGUCAACAGCUAAGUUGUACAGCAAGAUUGCAGUCCCCAAGUUCAGUAUCUUGUAUUGUCCUCCUUUGACUUCACUGGGCCUAAUUCUGUCUUCAAUUUGUUCUCCAAACAGUCAAUGCUGUUUUUAUCUUUGGGUCCUUAUCCUUUGAAGAUGGUUUAUUGGCUGUUUUGGGUGCUUUUGAAUUCUUCCCCUGAUCUAGGAAUGGUUCUGGUUUCAUUGUUGGGGUUAGCACUGAAUUCCCUCAAAAACCCUCUACUGUGAGAAGGUCCAGGUGUGUGUCUUAGUUCUUUCAUUCUUGUUUUACCUCUAGGUUUUUGUUGUUGUUGUUGUUGUUGUUUUAGAGAAUUACGAAUAAUUAUUAUAUCACAUACAGGCUAUUUUCACUAGUUGUAUAUUGCAUUUUCCUCAUUAAAACAUAAAGGUCUUGGGAAGGACAUAUAUAACCUUUUUCUGAUGAAAUCAGCUAUAUGUAGAAAACUCUUAAAUUGUCACUGCUGUUUUCCUCAACCUGGAGGAGUUAUGAACCACAGUAGGGAAAGCCUUAUGCUGUGUUCAUCGGGAAGGAACGAGCUUGUCACGUGGUGCUACCCUGUAUAGACAUUACUGGCAAUGCUCUCUCUGGUAGAGCAGGGAAAGUAAAAAGAAUUUUGAUUAUUCGGGCAGCAUAUUUCUUUAUCUCACGUGACUUUAUAUCAACUCCCAUCUAAAUAUUUAGACAGAAGUAUGAAAUGAAAGCAUAUAAAUAAGUUAUGAUUGUUUUUAAGUAUCUGCUUUGGUUUAGCUGCAACUUUAUGUCUUUCCAUCCACGGAAAUAAUCAGACAUCAAUGGCGACCUCACUUGUAAUAUAAUUUGACUCAUUAAUAUUGCUAGAUGUGUCCUAUUUAAAUUUAUAUGACAAUGUUGUAUUUUCAAAAUAAAUUUUAUUUGGGGAAUAAUUGGUUUUCUGAAAAAUUCUUCAAGCACCUGUUUCCUCAGCAGCUUUAUUGAUGUUCCUAACUAUUAUUCUAGGUUUUAUGUUGAAACCAGAUGGGGAAGAUGGACAAGUCGUCGUAGGAGAGGGGUGUAGUGACACUUUGUGCCUCUGAUUAUCUAUUCUAUUUAGAUAUAUUUGUAAGGAAAGCUGUGGUUCCUUUUAAAUUGUCUUGAAAUAAGCAUUAAAUAUUGAGCAUGACGGGCAGUAGUUAAUAGUGAAUGUGGGGUAUGGGAGAAAGUAUAUGUGUUGGGUUUUGUUUAGUUUGUUUGGUUUUGGUGGUAAUUACCACUAUUGUUUUGGUUUGGGAUUUUAUUUUGUCAGAGAUGGACAUUAUGAUGAUUAAUGCCCAGUGAGUACUGAAUACUAUAAAAUACCUUAUGUAAUUAAAUGAAAUACCGGGUUGCCAUAAAAAUAACGGGAAACAAUGAUUUCUGAUUUGAAUGGGGAAUUAGCCAUUUGAAUCUUUACUUGUGGAAAUGAAUUUGUACUCACCUUAUUCAUGAUAAUAGGAUAUUCUGUACAUCUACAAUGCUAUUAGAUAUCAGCAUGCUGUCUGUCCCCACUGAACUGAAUGUAUGGAUGAUUUCUCAGUGUUGUUUGGAAAUUGCAAGAGGAGAAAAAGAGACUUGGUGGAGUAUUAUGGGUAAAACUCUAUCUUUUAACUUUUUACUAAAAAAAAAUGAAUUGUAAUAGCCACGCUGGGGAAAAAUAACAAGGAACUUAUUUUCAAGAGAUACAGAGCACUUGGUCAUAAGGGUGUUUUGUUUAGUUUUUGUUUCUUACUCACUUUCAUUUGAAUUGGAAUCUAAAAUGUCAUAUGCCCAUUUGAAAACAUGAAAAUUAUAGUACUUCUAUCUCUUAUAUCUGUAGCAUUGUUUUUAGUAAGAUUUGCAUAUUCUCUUUAGUGCAGUGAAAUCCAUACAUUCUUAUGUCUGGGUUUGGAGUCUUUAUUGGAAGGUAAAUUCUUUCUUCUGUUUAAAAUAUUGGUUUGCCUUGGGGCGCCUAGGUGGCUCAGUUGGUUAAGCGUCAGACU